ACAGGUCAGACAAAGCGGCGUCAACGUGCAUGCAAAGUGUGCAGUAUUUGGCGGGAUGACACGGCAACGGCAGCUAACGGGAAGCCCAAGCGGGGCAAGAACACAAAAUGGCUCUGUCGACCAUACUCCAAGGGCGAAGCUAAGUGCUAUCUAUGCAAUCUAAUCAGGAAAGACAGCCCUCACCCGACGAAGACUUGCUUCCAAGUGUGGCAUGAAGACUGGGACUGCGGGCGAAAUAUUCCA